AAAGAAUUUGCGAUUAUGUAAUAAGAAAGUAGCUGUUAGGUUGCCGCAGCAUGGUUAAUUCUUGAAGACUUGAACUCGCGUCCUCAAUAUCGCCCUUUCCACGUAUAUUGAACAUGCUGAAUCCAUGUGUCUUCGUCGAUUUUCACCUGGCUGUACCGAACCCUAUUCCAACGAAUCGGUCGAUAGCAGAAGCCUAAGAGAGCUAAUGCCACUCAAGAGAGAAAAUCACCGAACACCCUAGUCAAGACGUGCCUUUCGCUUUCUUGCCUUGAGUUGAGUCCAAGUCAGAGUCGAGUUACUAUGGCAAUUUCGAAGCCUCCCGGGAGUGCCUCCGUCCCAUCUCAAAGUUCUGCUAAUUCUAACUAUACUGCAGUCGCGGAUCCUCCAAAUCGCACAGGCAGGUGCAAUGUUGUUAUUUUUGGAGAAUCUGGAGCUGGCAAAAGUUCCUUGGUCAAUUUGAUCACUAGGAAGGACGAGGCGGAGACAUCUUGCGAUGCUAAGGGAUGUACAGAUGCAGUCAAUGAGCACGAAAUUUGGAUUCAGGACAAGACGUUGAAGAUGAAGCUUUUCGAUACACCCGGUCUCGACGAGGAUCCUCGAGGUACAGUCCCAGAUAAGGAAGCUCGAAGAAUUUUGAAGAAGCUAGUUCAAACUCUGAUGAAGCAAGGCGAUAUUCAUCUCAUCAUUUACUGUGUGCGGGGUGAGAAAUUGAUUCGGACACUCCGCCGGAACUAUGAGUUCAUUCAAUCCCAAGUCAAGAGGAAAAUUCCAAUUGUCCUUGUCGUCACAUCUUUGGAAUCCUACGAACCAGACAUGGAAGAGUGGUGGAAGUUGAAUGAGAACACCAUCUCAAAAUUUGGGAUGACCUUCGCUGGCCACGCUUGUGUCACCACGGGGAUGAUCACACAAUCUAAUGUAACGGAACGCGGCCGCAACCAGUCACACGACGCCGUCUGCAAGCUCGUCGAACAGUGUCGCCUGUCGGAUGAUACAGUGAUUCACACUGGACCUGGGAGCAAAAAUAUCGUCCUCUUUGGGCUGGCGGGGGCAGGCAAAAGCUCGCUCGUCAAUCUCAUGGCGGGAAAGAACGUGGCCAGAACUUCAAGUGACAUGAGAUCCUGCACAUUGCACUGGCAAAAAUAUGCCAUCAAAAUCGACGACGAGUCCUAUAACGUGUUCGAUACCGCUGCACUCAGAUCACCACAACUGGGAAUCUCACAGUACUUCGAUGCUGUCGAGAAUUCCUACGCGCUCAUUCAGAAUCUGGAGAGACAAGGUGGCAUUGAUCUACUUCUGUUCUGCAUACGCGCAGGCAGACUCACUCCUACGCUUCAAACCAAUUACCGACUCUUUAACGAAUUCCUCUGUGACAAGAAGGUUCCCAUCGUUGUGGUGAUCACGUACCUCGAAAAUGAGCAAGGAGAAAUGGAUGACUGGUGGAAUAGAAACAGAGGCGUUUUCGAUGAACAGGAGGUCCAUGUCGCCGGUCAUGCAUGCAUCACUGCCAUUAGAGGCAAUUAUCCAGACCGGUAUGCACAAUCGCGCAAUACGAUCCGCAGUCUUGUCAAGGAGUUCACUGCUGCCGGGCAGAAGGGGACAUGGAAAGGAGGAGACAGCACGUUUGUGUCGUUCAUGCGUGAGCUGAAGGGGCUAUCUGUGGGGGAGGAGAAACUGCGCAUGGAGAAUAUGGUGUCUCACCUCACCAAGCGUUGCGGUUUGUCUCCAGGUGUCGCAAAACAAUUAGCUGAUAGGAUUAAGAAUGACGUGAUAGAAGGAGAUACUUGACUUCCCGUGUUCGAUUAAUUAUACUCGUCGUACUGUGGGUCUUGUCCGACACGCAUCUUCAUCUUUGUCCUAUGAUAUCUUACACCCAGAGCGUCGUCC